UAGUAAUUCAUUCAUCAUUGUUGAGAUGGGUGGAGAAUUCGUGUUGAACGUUGGAAUUUUGUAGAUGUGAUAUUGUUUUUAUUUGCGCACUUGUGUUGUACGCGAGGAUGUGUUUAGUUAUUUUUGCAUCGUUCGAUAACUGUAUUGUGUGAUACAAUUGAUACGAAUGUGUUGGGAUUUUUAAUUGUGCAGAUUUGUGUGUGUAGUGGUAAUCAUGCCGGGUCUCAUAGGUAUCGGCGAAUUUAUUGAGGAAACUCGAGAAGACUACAGUUCGCCGACUACAUCGACGUUCGUUUCGCGAAUGCCACAAUGCCGCCAGACAAUCAACGCUUUGGAAGAGACGUUGGAUUUCGACAGAGAUGGCCUGACCAAACUAAAGAAAGCAAUAAAGGCGAUACACAAUUCUGGAAAUGCUCACGUGGACAACGAGAUGUAUCUCUCCCGGGCCCUUGAGCGGCUCGGGGGAAACGCACUCAGCAGGGACUCAGAACCAGACAUCGGCGCCGCCUUCUUCAAGUUUGCAGUGGUCACAAAAGAACUGUCAGCGCUAAUGAAGACCCUGAUGCAAAACAUAAACAACAUUGUGAUGUUCCCGGUUGACAGCGUGUUAAAAGGUGAUCUCAGAGGAGUUAAGGGUGACUUGAAGAGACCCUUCGAUAAAGCAUCCAAAGACUACGAGUCCAAGUACCUGAAGAUUGAGAAAGAGAAGAAGUCCCAAGCGAAGGAGGCGGGCUUGAUCCGAAGUGAAGUGACGCCUGCGGAGAUAGCAGAUGAGAUGGAAAAGGAACGAAGACUGUUUCAGCUUCAAAUGUGUGAGUACCUGAUAAAGUUCAACGAGAUAAAGACGAAGAAGGGGAUCGAGCUGCUUCAGCACUUAGUGGAAUACUACCAUGCGCAGACUAACUACUUUCAAGACGGGCUGAAGACGAUCGAACAUUUCGGCGUCUAUGUAGCUGAUCUGAGCGUGCAGCUGCAGAAGAUCCGACAGCAGCAAGACGACGAAAGGAGGAGGUUAUUGGAGCUGCGGAACAUGUUGAGGGCAGCCGCACCACAAGAUAGAGAGGUAUCAUCAUCAAUAGGCGGCUACUCGCUCCACCAGUUGCAAGGGGACAAACAGCAUGGGGUCACCAGGAGCGGCUAUCUCCUCAAAAAGUCCGAAGGGAAAGUGCGGCGGGUCUGGCAGAAACGGCGGUGCCGCGUCACUGCCGAAGGGUUCCUGGACAUAUUCCAUGCUGACGAGAACAAACCCCCGGCCAGGGUCAACUUGCUCACAUGUCAGAUUAAAGUCGCUGCUGAUGACAAGAGGGCCUUCGAUCUAGUCUCAUACAACCGUACCUACCACUUUCAAGCUGAAGAUGAAAACGAGCAGAGAGCGUGGACAUCAGUCCUCAUCAAUUGCAAGGAGGGAGCCCUAAUGAGGGCUUUCCACCAGCAAGCUGGCGAGAGCAACGAUACGGGUCACUCGCUCCUGGAUCUCCAGAGGUCCAUCAUUAGAGCCGUCAGGUCUAUGCCCGGGAAUCAAGUCUGUGCUGACUGCGGUUCUAGCAACGACCCCACGUGGCUCUCGACGAAUUUCGGCGUGAUCGUUUGCAUAGAAUGCUCCGGUAGUCAUCGGGAGCUAGGCGUCCACAUAUCCAGGAUACAGUCGCUGACGCUGGACCGGCUGAGCACGUCGCAGCUGCUGCUGGCCAGACACAUGGGCAACCAGAUGUUCAACGAGGUCAUGGAGAACACGCUGGAUGACAGGGACAAGCUGACGCCCGAGAGCACCAUGGAGGAGCGGCUAAGGUUCAUCCGUGAGAAGUACGUGUAUCGCGCGUGGGCCGCGCGGACCUGCUGCGACGCCGCCGAGCGCCUGUCUGAAGUGGAACACGCCGUCAACAACGGGCACUUGCAGAAUCUCCUCCAGGCGUACGCUGAGGGCGCCGACCUCGCCGCGCCGCUGCCUUGCUCGGACUGCGGAGAAACUGCUCUCCACCUCGCCAUAUCUCGAGAGCUUGGCGAUGGCUCCUGCCUCCACAUAGUCGAUUUUCUAGUCCAAAACGGCGGUUCAACGCUCCUCGAUAAGACUACGUCCAGUGGCAUGACCGCCUUACAUCUGUGCGCGGCCACGGACAGAACUGAACCUAUGAAGUUGUUGCUCAAAGCCGGGGCCGAUAACACGCUCAAGGAUGGCAGCGGGAGAACCGCUUUGCAAAUUGCCAGGCAGAUGGGACAUCAUGCGUGUCAGGAGUUGUUGGAGAAUGUCGAUAAACGAGAGAAGAGUAUGUUUGAAAACAUAAAUAUAGACUGGAACCUAUCACAUGACGAUGGUUCAACAGAUUUCUCCGACGACGAUACUGUUAUUGACGAGCGGCAAAAUGGUAGCGUAACUCCAGAGAAGAAGUGCCCCCGAUCUCGGCCUCCUUCAUACGCUGGAGGCGCUGUGGUCUGCACCGUAUCCAGCGUGUUAGCCGCCGGGGGUGGGGGCGAACGCUCCGCGGGGGGCGGGGACUCGCCCGUGCUGCGUUCGAGGUCAUCGACCUGCGACUCUCUGCACCAUGCCCCGCCCACACCUACUACGCUGCCUAGGAAGCCUAACGUCUAUAACAUUGGAAGUUUGAAGAAGAGGGCAGCGCCCCUCCCGCCAGCCGUGGCCCUGUCGCACCCGCCGCCACACCCGCGGUCGACGCCGUCGCCGUCCGCCGACAGCGCACGAUCGUUACACGUGGUAGGGGUGGGGGGAGCGGUGGUAAAGCACCGGCCGCAGCAGCCGCCGCCGACGCCGCCGCCCGCGACGCUACACAACGGCGCGCACCGCGACGAGCCCACACCGCCGCCUAGGAAGAAGAAAAAUAGAUUGCACCUGGAAAAGGCGGUCAAAGCGAAACUGAGAAGGGAGUGUUCUAGUCAAGAUUCGUCGCUGGAGUUGUGCGACAUGUCGGAUUCGUGCUUGGAAGACAGUCGACUGCAGUCGGCGCUGUCGUGCGAUAGCUCGCGGUCGCGCGACCGGUCGCGCCGCAGCGACUGUCGGUCGCUAGACGUAUCGGACACUUCGAGCGUGCAUUCGCGGUCACCGUCUGCUUCUAUAACUAUGAUGGGCGGAGUUAGGCGGUGUCGCGCUCUAUACGACUGCUCAGCUGACAACGAGGACGAGCUAUCGUUCCGCGAGGGUGAAGUAAUAGUGGUCAUCAACGAGCGCACAGAAGAUGACAACUGGAUGGAGGGCCAAGUCGAAGGCACGGCCCGCCGCGGAAUGUUCCCUGUCUCUUUCGUACACAUGCUCCCGGACUAAACGGUGACCACACGUCAAUAUUAAGCGUCAAUAAAACUGACCGGCAUGCGAUCGAACGAAGCGAAGUCUCCAUACGAGAGUAAAAUUUAUCCUUAGCAACGUAGGAGUUCUGUAAACGCUGGCUGGUACAGCUUGAUAUGUUAACAAGGCAAAAAAAAUUAGCUCACUGAUGUCACUUAAUCGGGACCGAGUUGACGUUGUACCUAUCACUCCUGUGUUAGAGUGAAUGCAUGUGUUUAUGACGUUGGACUGCAAAUCUCGGAACACUCCGACGUUGCAUAGCCCUGGUGGCAAAAAUCCUCUAUACUCUCAUUAAGUACUAAAAAUCAUUAAAAAAAAGGCAUAUUAUGUACAGUUUAUGCGUAAUCUGAGUGGUGAUCAGAGGUCAAUAUGCAACCAAAUUGUGGUACUUUGUAUGUACCAGUGUUCAAUCAAUAUUCAGUCACUACAGAACAAAGUAAGAGCAUUAUUGAUAGUCUUUUUGAAUUUAAACAUUUAUCUCACAAUGCUGUUCGUAGUAUACUACUUCUUAAAAAGGAUACGAAUUAGAUAUUGUUUGUAAGCCUGAACUGAUUGUAACAGUGUCAUUAGUACUGCGUUACAAAUGCCUUUAAAUUGGCAAAUAUGAUGAAAGUAGUUACUUGUGCUGAAAUAUUUCACGGGAUUGAAUUACACUAGACAUGGUUGGUUCUGUGUUCAAUAUUGCAUCAAUCUCAAUAUAGUUUCUGGAGAAGGAUGGAGAACUUGUCAUGUUUACUCGAUUCUUUUGGCCUAAAGCUUCCGGCUUUCUUUCGAGUGGCCAUGAGCUUAUUUAUAAUAGUGUUUUUAUAAUUCAGUGUUGAUUACAUAUACAGAAGCUUUGCUGUGCAAUUGGUUUGUAAUCUAUGGUCAGUUGUUUAAUACUGUAAUGUUUGAAAUGGACCACACCCACUAGAAAACCCGUUAUCAAACGCAACACUCUUUGUUGCUCUUUGAAACUGUUAUAUAAAGUUAUCCAAUCUUGCUAAAUAUCUUACAGGGCACUUAUCAUUAGGCCUUACAUUCAUAGCGAUAAAAGUUAAAAUGAAACAGUGUAAUAAUUGUUUUUAUACAACAAUUUUAAUACUCAUAAAGUUUUCCAUUCCAAUUUAAAUAAUAUAACGUAUACAGUGUUUGGCAUUUCGGAAUAUAAAUUAGAACUAUUGUUAAAACUAAACAAAAUCUUAAAGUGGGGAAGUGUUGAAUAUUUAGUAUGCAGGCUGCAAGUUAUUAUGACACCAAUAUUGUAAAAUUGUGCCAGUAGCUAGUCCGUCCUGUCGCGGAUUUUUACUUGUAUUUUGAACGUUUUAUUACAUUUCUUAGAAAUGCUUUUUAGAGAUUUGCUCAUCGUUUUCAAAAUUCGUAAAAAAUAUUGAUCUUAGAAAAAAAAGGAAAAAAAUAAUAUAAAAAGCAUGAAUGUGUAGUAUGUAAUAAGGUCUUUUUAACGCUAUACUCUAUCCAAAGCUCUUUUAAUUGUAUUUUAUGUUUCAUUUGUUAUUUUAAUUCAGCAUUCUCAGAGAACCUUUUGAGACCGUCAAUAUUAUGUAAAUGUAAUUACGACAGGUUUUUAUUUUAAGAAAAUUUACCUUCUCUAUAAGAAUUGUAAUUGUAACCUUGUCUAACUGAUCUCUAAUUCAAGUCUAAUUGGACGUUAAUUGUAAAAUAUAAAAUUUAGAAAUGUCGUGUAUUAAGAUGAGAGCGUGAUUUGGAUUGUUGAGACGAAUAUCGUCUAUGUAAAGAAGAAUUAAUCGUACAUUGUGAGGGAUGUAUUGUGAGAAUGUCUGUAAAAUAAGUAUUAGUGUUAACUCGGAUUUUUGUAUACAGCGAACAUGAAAACUGCUCAUAUAAAUUCAAAUUCGUCUGUGUAUGAAUAAUGCUCGCUGUAUCCAAGAAUACCCGAAAAGUAGUCGUAUCUUUCAAAUAAAAUUCAAGUCAAUAUUGCAAAACAUUUAACAUUCAUAAUGUAAAUAAUUAUAAAUCAAAUUCACUAUAAUGUUCAACAAUAUUAUUAUAAAAUAAUCAUAAUAUUGAAAACAAUGUAGGUGUCACAUCAGCAGAAAUAUGUGUAGGAUGUGUUAAUGUUUUGCAUAUUAUUGAUUAACCUAAUAUUAAGAGUAAGUAUAAAAUUUUCUCGACAAAUAAAAAGUAUUAAAAUAUUCACAAGGAGAGUUGCCAUAAACAUUGACGUAGGCAUGUCUAUGGAUAGGCCAGAUAGCGAUUUGCCAAAAAGUAUUGUGAUCAGUAGUAGAAGAAAAGAUAUAUCAGCGACAAACUCUCGGACCAGUGGCUGUUUGUUGUCUAGUUUGUUCUCGUAGUUGAUAUUGAGGUGUCUUAGAUUGUUGGUGCAUGCUGUCUAUAGAGUUUAUAUUCUCAAAGGGAGCCAUGGUCCAGCUUUUAGUCAAAUGGAAUUGUAAAAAACGUUCUUAUUCAUCAAAUUAAAAUACUGCCUGUAUUUUAUCUUCAACUGGCAACUUGACUUGUUUCGUUCCUAGUUCCUUCGUCUUGGACCAAAGAGUUUAUAUUACUGCAACGGAAUUAGACGGAAACCAGCGUGACCUAUGGCCCCCUUUGUGAUGCAGAAACUUUGAAUCUUGUUAUUACAUGAUAAAUUUUAACAUUUUCCAUGUUUAAUAGACAAACUACCAAUAACGUAUGCAAUACUUGUAGUGAUAGCAAUAGUGUUCCUUCUUAUGGAAUUAUCGAACAAUAAUUUAGUGAUGAUUAUUAUACCAUAUGUACAAAUGUGUAUCGUUAUAUCCAACAGAUAUGUAGCCCUCAUUCAGCUAAUCUUCACAUUCCCAACCGUAUAAUUAAGUUGUAUGUAUAUUGAGUUGGAUAAAGGUCCCAUUAUAUUUAUAGGCUGUUACGAUUACAUUUUAAUCCAUUAAGAAGUUACCUGUAUACUGCGCGCGUUGCCAUACAUUAGUGUUAGUCGCUAAUAUUUAAUAUUGCUCACACUUAUCUGCAACAAAUGUUUCAACUAUCUAUUUGCAAUUUCAGUGUACCUCUUACUAAAUAUCCUCACCUACAAGCAAAUGGUUAUAAUUCGUUGAAGUAAAUCCAUAAAUAACAAAAUAUCACGAUAAAUGCAGUUAAUUCUGUUUCCACUAUUGCCAUGCAUAAACUUGCGUGUAACGUUGCGACACAGCUAUGUAAAUAUGAAUAAAUAUUUUAUUAGUAUGCGUAUAUAGAUAGAUAUGUAGGAAAACCUUAAUUUAUUAUUUUGAGGAUGAUUUGUACCAGAAAAGUGAAUAAAAUAAUUUUAUCAGAUUUAAUCACUUUUCUAGUGCAUACAAUAUUUAUUAUUUAAUAUAUUGUGAAAAUUAAUUGUGAUGAGAUAUUUUAAUGCCAUUUUAGCCUGUCAGUAUGUUACUUAUUAAAAGUUGUGUAACCAAAUGAUGCUAAUAGAGUGUAAGAUGUUUUACUAUUCUUUAUGAAGUUGUAGUUGAAAUAGUCUUUUCUAUUGUGUAUUGUAUG